AUGUAUAGAGUAGUCACCAGGAUAGGAUCGCGGGUGAUUUGUAUUCGGACGUUGUGCUCUACGAGAGUCAUAUAUCAAGGUUCAAAUGUACUCUCUCGAGCUCUGGCCAUUGACAAAUCAAUAGAGCAUAAUAUCAAAAGUGAAACCAAUAGACUUGCCAAAACGGGUAAAAGGUUUUGGGAUAAAUGUGGGAUUCACUUUAACCGUGAAACCGGAAAAUACGAGAUUCAACUAGACGGGAAAACUUUGCGUACUCCCUUGGGAUUUCCGUUAGCGUUGCCCGAGACUAAAAAACAGUUGGCAUAUUUGAUUGUGCACGAAUGGACAAACAUCCCUAAUAUAUCUGUGAAAUCCAGUACGUUGCCAUUGACGAGUCUUGCUGCUCGAUCUAUUGAUUUGCAAAAUAAGCACGAUGUCAACGAGGAGGCAAAAGAGAAAGCAAAGGGAGUGAUUGCUAUUGAGGAUUUGAAAGUGAGCUUGUUGAGAUAUCUCGAUACUGAUACUUGUCUUCUUUUUUCCAGCAAGAAGGACUGUGAUGGGAAACUCAGGCAAAAGCAAAAUGAGCUUUAUCUUCCUCUUAUUGAGGAGUAUAAUGACUUUUUCACCACAUUUGCACAUAAGAGGAAAUUGAUGAAACUGGACGAGAAGCUUGAAUUGAAAACAUUAGAUUGUGAGAAAGACGGGCUUCGAGGAAACAAACAGAGCCAACUUACCCAAACGGUUGCCCUUAACUGGAUGCAUGAGUUGGACAUUUUUGAACUAAUUGCAUUGGAAAAGGCGAUUUUGACGACAAAGUCGUUUCUCUGUGGGGUAUCGAUUUUGAGAUCAAAUGUUUCAGAUUUGGAGAGGAUGCAGCAAGUGUUUCAAAUCAACAAGGAGACUCAAGAGAAAUACUGGUAUAAAUCAGUAGAGGAGAUUAUAGAGUUGGGUGAUUUGGAAACCAUAUUGCAAACUGGCGAAUGGGGGGAAGUAGAAGAUACCCACGAUGUAGAUAAGCGUGAUUGGAUGAGAAGUCUAGCUUGUGCGGCUCUUGUAAGUCAUUAG